CCCAACGACCCAACAAGAAAGUAAAGAAGCCAGCAAGGGUGACGCCGACUCGCUGGGGGGAGAAGAAGCGCGGCUUCUCUCCCGUCUCGCCUCCGGUCCGCCCCCCUCUUCCCAGUCCCUCUCUGCCUCCGAGGCACCGGCAGGAGCAGCCUGGACUCAUGAUGGCUUCAACCGCUACCUGCACCAGGUUCACCGACGAGUACCAGCUCUUCGAGGAGCUUGGAAAGGGGGCAUUCUCAGUUGUAAGAAGAUGUGUGAAAAUUCCUGCAGGACAAGAGUAUGCUGCCAAAAUUAUCAACACCAAAAAGCUGUCUGCUAGAGAUCAUCAGAAAUUGGAAAGGGAAGCUAGGAUCUGUCGCCUUUUGAAGCAUCCUAAUAUUGUUCGACUUCAUGACAGCAUAUCAGAAGAAGGAUUCCAUUACCUAGUCUUUGAUUUAGUUACUGGAGGUGAACUGUUUGAAGAUAUAGUUGCAAGGGAAUACUACAGUGAAGCAGAUGCUAGUCAUUGUAUACAGCAGAUUCUAGAAAGUGUUAAUCAUUGUCACCUAAAUGGCAUAGUUCACAGAGACCUGAAGCCUGAGAACUUACUUUUAGCUAGCAAAUCCAAGGGAGCAGCUGUAAAAUUGGCAGACUUUGGAUUGGCUAUAGAAGUCCAAGGAGAACAACAGGCUUGGUUUGGUUUUGCUGGUACACCAGGGUAUCUUUCACCAGAGGUCUUAAGAAAAGAUCCCUAUGGGAAGCCAGUGGACAUGUGGGCAUGUGGUGUCAUUCUCUAUAUUCUCCUUGUGGGAUACCCUCCUUUCUGGGAUGAAGACCAGCACAGACUCUAUCAGCAAAUCAAGGCUGGUGCUUAUGAUUUUCCCUCACCAGAGUGGGAUACUGUGACACCUGAAGCCAAAGAUCUCAUCAAUAAAAUGCUUACCAUCAACCCUGCCAAACGUAUCAUAGCAUCAGAGGCACUGAAGCAUCCAUGGAUCUGUCAACGUUCUACUGUGGCCUCUAUGAUGCACAGGCAGGAGACCGUAGAUUGCUUGAAGAAAUUCAAUGCAAGAAGAAAACUAAAGGGUGCCAUUUUAACAACUAUGCUGGCUACCAGAAAUUUCUCAGCAGCAAAGAGUUUACUGAAAAAACCUGAUGGAGUCAAGAAAAGGAAGUCCAGUUCGAGUGUUCAAAUGAUGAUAAACAACAAAACCAACGUGGUAACCAGCCCCAAAGAAAAUAUUCCUACCCCGGCGCUGGAGCCCCAAACUACAGUAAUCCACAAUCCUGAUGGAAAUAAGGAGUCAACAGAAAGUUCCAAUACAACUAUUGAAGAUGAAGAUGUGAAAGGUAUGAUUAAGAGUUGGAAAGCUCGUAAGCAGGAGAUCAUCAAGGUUACAGAGCAGCUGAUUGAAGCUAUCAACAAUGGGGACUUUGAAGCUUACACGAAGAUCUGUGAUCCAGGUCUUACAUCUUUUGAACCUGAAGCUUUGGGGAAUCUGGUGGAAGGGAUGGACUUUCACAGGUUCUACUUUGAAAAUGCUUUGUCCAAGAGUAAUAAGCCAAUCCAUACCAUUAUCCUCAAUCCCCACGUCCAUCUUGUGGGUGAUGAUGCUGCCUGCAUUGCCUACAUACGGCUGACGCAGUAUAUGGAUGGAAGUGGAAUGCCAAAGACUAUGCAAUCUGAGGAGACCCGGGUCUGGCACCGCCGUGAUGGCAAAUGGCAGAAUGUCCAUUUUCACCGUUCAGGGUCACCAACAGUUCCGAUCAACUAAAAUUCAACAAUGCCACUCUUGCAUUCUCCGUACUCAAAGCACCUGAUUGGUUACCAUGUGGGCCAUCCUGUUCUUCUCUUCAUGCAUGUUUCUGAGUGCAUGAAGCCAUGACGGUUCUACAUGUAAUGCAUUUGUGAUGCAUCAUUUUGUUGUAUAUUCCAUCUGUAUAUUUUGUUUACACUUCAAUUAAGAAGAUGUUCCAUGCAAAUUGAAAAUGGCAAAGCAAAAAGAAUAAAAGCCAAAAAUAAGAAUACAGUAGUAGAUGUGCAAUCGUAUGUAAUUUUCUCUGUUAAUGCUAAGUUUUAACAAAUAACUUUAAAAUUACCAUGGUCGUAAAAAAAAAAAGUCUCGUUUUGUUUCCAUUUUUUAAACAAGUGGUUUAUGGCUUAUUUGUUUUCAAAACCACUCGGUUUUGCUUUUGUCCAUGUUGGGAAGCUCAUCGAUUUCUACUAACAGCUUUGCUACUGCAGAAUAAUUUUUGUUGGAACAGAAAAAUGGAUAAAAUCAAUGAAUGUGGUAGCAAAUUAUGUUGAGGUGGUACCACCUGAAGCCAUUUUAGUUAUUAAACUGGAAUAAUUGCAUCAUUUACUAACUUGAAUACUUUAGAAUUAGCUUUUAUUGUUCUGACUAAUCAGUGAUAUUUUUUCUUUUUUUUUUAAUCUUUACCUUUACUUUUUUAUGCUAACUGAAAAUUUAUAUUGGGAGAGAAAAGAGCAAAAUUAAAAUUUAUUCGGAAUGAAGACUAAGGAGAUAGUUUUUGAUGAUUAAAGUGAAAGAGUAAAACAAAAUAGAUUUGUAUCACUUUUAGGAUGUACAGUAAAUUUAUUAAGGAGGCUUUAGAUUAUUUUAUUUUAUGCUCUGGUCCAGAUAUGUGGUUAGUUUCACCUAGAAAUAUUAAGCCUUACAAGCUUAGUAUAAAGAGCUUCUUUACUUUCUGUUGUAGCGGCUUCUACUCUGACAAACUAUCAUAAAUAUUCCAAUUUUCUAAUACUGUAACACUUUAUAAUGGUAUUUUCCCCCAUUUGCUCUUGGCUUAUUAAAAUCCUUGCACAGUGCAUAAUAUUAGGAACAACAACUAUUGCAGAAUAUCUUACUGUUUUGUUUUUUUCUGUCGCUGCAUAUCCCUGUAGAGUAAGCAGGGAACGUUCUUGAUGUCAAUUUAAAACAUGUACUUAGUGACCUGAACGUUUUUUGCUUCUAUUUUAUAGCUCUGAAUGUAUAUUCCUGCAAGCAUUUAGAUUUCAUCCCCUUCCUUCCCUCCCCCCCACCCAUUUUUAAUAGAAAAAUACAGGGGUUGACUGGUUUUUCUUGUUUUGUUAAUUGUUUUAUUAUCAGUGGGGCUAAUUGUUUUCUGCAGUACUCUAUAGUGCAUGAUAUAUCAGUGUUCUUUUUAGCAAUUACAAUUUACAGCUCUCAACAGCCUGAAAUUUUUAAAAUGGGAAGACUUCCUAAUUUGUAUAAUUUUACUUUGUGUUGAUUAUAAAUCAAAAACGUUCCCUUACACUUUGAUGUUGUUACUAGUGGAUGUACAGUAGAUGGAUUUAAGCUUCUCUGAUAAUUAUUACAUGAUUUAAAACAAUGUAUAUUUAAAAUAAGCAUUUACAGUAAAUGUGUUGAGCCAUAUUAACCUGCCAAUGGGAUCUGUGAAAAACAAAAAAGUAAUGGCCUAAUUUUUUUCUCGUUUAUUUCUUUACUUUUUUUGUGAAGCAGCUAUAAGUAGUAUAAAUGUAUUUAAAUUUAACAAAAUUAGGUGUAGGGUGGGGUUUUUUACACUUUAACAUAGCAUGUGGUGUUGACGUAUUACUGUAGAUCAAGUUUGUCUUCCACACCAAUAUGUGAGGAAAUUGUGACUCGUUCUCUCCACCACAGUCAAAUAACAUGCUUAUCUUCUAUCAUUUUGGAACACUGCAGUUUACCCAUGGGACAUGGUGUACAUAUUUCUUGCCAUAAUGGUAAAUGACUGACAGAUAUAUUUAAGAAUGAAUAAAUUUGUGAUUUCUGCUGA